AUGUCCUCAAACUCAAGUCGCGGAUCGUCGUAUGGAGGUGUCCUCCACGAAUAUGCUCCCAAACUUGUAGCGUUUGAGUUCACCCCACCAACACAGGGUAUCAACAAGAUAAACACCCUCAUCUUCGUGGGUGGGCUCACAGAUGGAUUCUGCACUGUUCCCUAUGUGGCCAAGUUGGCCGAAGCUGUAGAAAAAACCGAAUGGUCGGUCUUUUCUGUUUUGCUCUCCUCAUCCUACGGCGGAUGGGGAGUCGGAAGCCUCGAUCGCGAUGUCGAAGAACUCGGGCAAUGUGUGCGCUUCAUUCGCGAUCUCAAGGCAUCACGUCAGCCUGGUGCACCCACGAGUUCUGGAAAGAUCGCGAUCAUGGGUCACUCGACCGGAAGCCAGGAUGUGCUCCACUACCUUUACUCGCCCAACCCUGUGCCGCACAAGGAGUUCGGAGGAGGCCUUCAAUACAUAGUUCGCCCUGAGCUUGAUGGUGCCAUUCUACAAGCACCUGCCUCAGAUAGAGAGGGAUUGCAGGCGAUUAUCGAUUCCUCUUCGGAGCCCGAUGAGCUGAAGAAGGUGUACGAUCAGCUCGUACGCUUUGCGAAGGAGCAACCAUACACAGAAGAUAAGAAUGACUCGAUCCUUCCCAUGAACUUGACUGCAAAGCUUUCUUAUCCGCCCGAUACGCCUCUCAGUGCCCGGAGGUUCCUAAGCUUGGUCAGCCCAGAGAGCCCUGAGAACCCAUCUGAUGAUGAUCUGUUUAGCUCCGACUUGAGUGAGAAACGAUUGAAAGAGACAUUCGGAAUGGUGGGCACUCAGGGCAUGAUCAAAUCCAAGCUACUAAUCUUGUACUCUGGUGAAGAUGAGUAUUGUCCGCAUUGGGUGGACAAAGAAAAACUGUUGCAGAGGUGGCAGCAGGCUACUGAGGCCGGAGGUGCCAAGUGGGAUGCGGAAAAUAGCGGCGUCAUCCCUGGAGCCAGUCACAACGUCCAUGAUGCAGGUCAAAAAGACCUUAUUGAUCGAGUUCUACGGUAUCUCCAAACGCUCUAA